UUGGACGAUCAGUUGGACGAUCAGUUGGUCGAUCAGUUGGACGAUCAGUUGGACGAUCAGUUGGUCGACCAGUUGGACGAUCUGUUAGUCGAUCAGUUGGUCGAUCAGUUGGACGAUCAGUUGGUCGACCAGUUGGACGAUCAGUUGGUCAAUCAGUUGGUCGACCAGUUGGACGAUCAGUUGGACGAUCAGUUGGUCGACCAGUUGGACGAUCAGUUGGACGAUCAGUUGGACGAUCAGUUGGACGAUCAGUUGGUCGACCAGUUGGACGAUCAGUUGGUCGAUCAGUUGGACGAUCAGUUGGUCGAUCAGUUGGUCGACCAGUUGGACGAUCAGUUGGACGAUCAGUUGGUCGAUCAGUUGGACGAUCAGUUGGUCGACCAGUUGGACGAUCAGUUGGACGACCAGUUGGUCGAUCAGUUGGACGACCAGUUGGUCGACCAGUUGGACGAUCAGUUGGACGACCAGUUGGUCGAUCAGUUGGAUGACCAGUUGGUCGAUCAGUUGGACGAUCAGUUGGACGAUCAGUUGGACGAUCAGAUUGAAAUUCAAAUUAAUGAAAUAAAAUAUUUAAAAAGAGGUGAAACAAAGAACGAUGCAAUCGCCUCGUGGUAA